AAGAUAAACUAUUUCCCACCGAAAUGGGUUGGGUAUUGAGAGCAAUAAGCGCUUCUCUCUCUUGCUUCCAACACCCUACUAAACCCUUUUGUCCAUCUAGGGUUUUGGGUUCAUUUGUGCACCGCCCUCACUAUCUUCAUCUUCGCAUCUCAACUCAGGUUUUGCCAUGCUGGCGUUUUCGAGAGGUGUGGUUUCUCGUCUUCGACAAUUUCCCGUGGCACCACUGCCGCGAUUUUUUAGUUCAGAUGUGGAGACUAUAAGGACGAUUGAAGCAAAACCUAGUGUGAUGACACCAAAUUCACAAAGGACUGGUGUUAUAGCUGUAAAAUGUGGAAUGACUGCUCAUUGGGAUAAAUGGGGUGCUAGAAUUCCAAUUUCUAUCCUUUGGGUAGAUGACAACAUUGUCUCUCAGGUCAAAACUCCGGAGAAGGAAGGCUAUUGUUCUCUCCAGAUUGGUUGUGGACAGAAGAAGGAAAAACACUUGACAAAGCCUGAAGUGGGUCAUUUUAGGGCUCAAGGAGUUCCGAUGAAGAGGAAGCUUCAAGAGUUUCGAGUGACAGAGGAUGCACUUCUUCCUGUUGGUACAUCACUUAAUGUUCGCCAUUUUGUUCCCGGGCAGUAUGUUGACAUCACAGGAAUCACCAAAGGAAAAGGUUUUCAGGGUGUCAUGAAGAAGUAUGGAUUUCAUGGAGGUUCAGCAUCCCAUGGGAAUUCGAAAGCACAUAGAAUCAUGGGUUCUACAGGAAUACUUGGUCCUUGUAAGGUCUUUAAAGGUAGAAAGAUGCCAGGGAGAAUGGGUGGAAAGCAAAGAACAGUAAAAAAUGUAUGGAUCUACAAAAUCGAUCCAGCAAGAAAUUUGAUGUGGGUGAAAGGCCAGGUCCCAGGAGCUACAGGGAACUUUGUUUUUAUAAAAGAUGCUGUCUUUGAAAAACCUGACACAUCUAUACUUCCUUUCCCAACUUACUUUGUGCCAGAAGAUGGAGAUGAAGAUGAUAUGAAACCUUUGCUUGCUGAUCUUGGGGAUGUGGAUCCAUUUAUGGUUACUGAUUGAAGAGAUAGUUCAACAAAUGGGUUUUUGUGCUAGGUUUUCUUCAUGUAAUCAUGUUCUUUUAUUUGAAUUUUGAACAUAGGUGGAGAAAAUGAGUAUUUUGAUGUACACUAAAGUCCUUCACUCGUUAAGUUCUAGGUUGUUAUUUGUGACUUAGGAUGGGGGGAACAUGGUUUUGUUUUGAAAUCCUGCAAAUAAGUGUCGAGACUUGGAAUUAGUGAAUGUCAUACUUUAUUCCAAUUGUUUCCUUUUUUAAGCCAAAUUAUUUUGGCGCUGACCUUGCAGCAGUGUAGUGGCUUAGGUAAUUUUGCUAGAUCUAUAUCUAUUCUGAUUGUGAUUGUUUUAAAGGACUACAUUGUGGGUAAUAGAUUUCCAAGGUUCAAAUA